CUGGGGGCGACGCGUCCUGGGAGCGCCGGACGGAAGCGCCGCUGGGACUGACACGUGGACUCGGGCGGCGCUGCCCGCGUGGGUCGGCCCACCUGGAGCCGGGGUCCGGACACUGCGCCCGCGGCCAUCUGCGCCCAAUGCAGCAGCCCAUGGACGAGGGUCGCCGGGAUGCGGCCCAAGACGCCCAGUGGUCCAGGCCCGAGUGCCAGGCGUGGACGGGGACGCUGCUGCUGGGCACGGGUCUGCUGUACUGUGCGCGCGCCAGCAUGCCCGUCUGCACUGCCUCCAUGAGCCAGGACUUCGGCUGGAACAGGAAGGAGGCCGGCGUCGUGCUCAGCAGCUUCUUCUGGGGCUACUGCCUGACUCAGGUUGUGGGCGGACACCUGGGGGACCGGAUUGGGGGCGAGAAGGUCAUCCUGCUGUCAGCCUCUGCCUGGGGUCUUAUCACUGCCGCCACCCCUCUGCUCGCCCGCCUCGGCAGUGCCCACCUGGUGGUCAUGACCUCCGCUCGCGUCCUCACGGGCUUGCUCCAAGGGGUUUACUUCCCUGCACUGACCAGCCUGCUGUCACAGAAGGUGCGGGCGAGCGAGCGAGCCUUUGUCUACAGCACCGUGGGGGCCGGCACCCAGUUUGGGACACUGUUGACAGGGGCCGCGGGCUCCCUGCUCCUGGACUGGUAUGGCUGGCCAAGUGUCUUCUACUUCUCUGGCGGGCUCACCCUGCUGUGGGCGUGUUACGUGUACAGAUCUCAUCCUGGCCUUGGGUGUUUUGGUGCAAGGCCUGCCGGUGUCCAGACACACCAAAGUUCCCUGGAGACAGCUUUUCCAGAAGGCUUCUGUCUGCCUCUGCCCCCCACCCCGGAGUCUGGGCAGGGGCUCAGGUGCAGGAUGCUGAGCCCAGCCACGGCCCGCAGGGCAGCCAUAGCCUCCCAGCUGUCCUCAGCCUGCUCCUUCUUCAUCCUCCUGUCCUGGCUGCCCACCUUCUUUAAGGAGACUUUCCCCAGCUCCAAGGGCUGGGUCUUCAACGUGGUGCCCUGGCUGGUGGCCAUUCCCGCCAGCGUGCUCAGCGGGUUUCUCUCCGAUUGGCUCAUCAAUCAGGGUUAUAGGACCAUCACCGUGCGGAAGUUCAUGCAGGUCAUGGGCCUUGGCCUGUCCAGCAUUUUUGCCCUGUGUUUGGGUCACACUUCAAGCUUUUGUAAGUCUGUGGUCUUUGCAUCAGCCUCCAUCGGCCUCCAGACCUUCAACCACAGUGGCAUUUCUGUCAACAUCCAGGACCUGGCCCCCUCCUGCGCUGGCUUUCUGUUUGGCGUGGCCAACACAGCCGGGGCCUUGGCAGGUCUGCCCCGUCCCUGCACUGCCCUCAGGCCUGCCCGGAGCCCUCAGCCUGCCUGCCCCCUCUCCGGUGCAGGUGUCGUGGGUGUGUGCCUGGGUGGCUACCUCACUGAGACCGCAGGCUCCUGGACGCCCGUGUUCAACCUGGUGGCUGUCGUCAGCAGCCUGGGGCUGGGUGCCUUCCUGGUGUUUGGAGAAGCCCAGCGGGUGGACCUGAGCCCUGCCCGCCAGGACCUCUAGCUACCCAGCCACCCCUGGAGACCUGAGUGUCCCCCAGGACCCAAGAGUCCCCUGGGGAUCUGACCAUCCCCCAGGGACUCGGCCGUCCCCCAAGGGCUCAGUGCCAUCAGCCUCAGGGCCCCGGGUCAGUUUAAGAGCCUCCCACCCCUGACUGGGCUGUGUGAGUGCGGACAUGGGCAACCUGGCCAGGCCUCAGCUUCCCCUGCUGGGUGAGCAGGGUUGGUACUUUCAGUAGCAGCAGCUCCAUCACGGACACAGUCUGCCUGUUGCCCCUCUGCAGAAGGGCCUACCUGUCACUGCAGGGCCGGUCACUGCCGGGCCAGUCGCUGGACUCGAGUCCGACCCCCAAAACCUGCUUCACUUUGUUUCUCGGUGCUUGACGCUCGAUCGUGACCUUCAGUGGGGCUGUCUGUGCACCAGAUGAAGGCCGUUGGGGGUCCGUGUGCUUCUGCUCCUCCAGGCAGCCAGGCUGAGACCCCAGUUAAGGGGUGGGUAGCAGGCUGGAUGCCCAUGCCCACUUCUGGGGACCCCUGCCCCCAGUACCCCCAGCCUGUGUGGGAUUGCCCAGCCCUAGCGAUGCAUUCUGUGUCCUGGCACCUGGUGACCCACCUGUGAGGGGAGCCUGGGCACCCCCUCCUGCCCAAGAAGCUCCCUGGAACCAGGCCAACUGCGCCGUCUCUCACCCUCCCCUUUAUGACGGAGAAACAGGUCGCCUCACGAAGUAAUAGUAGAUUUUGCGAGAUGUUGAUGUAGAGAAAAGAAACUAAACAUACAGAAAAUCACACCAAAGAUGUAUUUCAUAGAUGACUGUUAAACGAUUUAAAAGGAAGACUUACUUUAAUAACACCUUGUUUUAAAAGAAUAAACACCUGUUGACAUCUUACUGAA